AUAUUCCAUAUUCGUGUACGACUACUUGAUAGGGAAUCAUUUUUUAUAAAUAUUUAUAAUAACUAAAUUUUCCUCCAGCAUUAAGUAUUAAAAAAAUUUCUUAAGUAUUUAUUAACUUUAAUUAGUGGUUACUUAAAGUAAUUUUUUCACUAUGACUGAAAAAUUACCACCUAAAAUUUCAUCUGAUGAGGAAGACGAUGAUAUUUUUAGUUCAACUAUUGAUAAUUUGAGUGCCUCGCGAAAUGAUGACCUAUUCUCAGCUCCUAUACCACCUCUAACUAAUGUUUCAUUAAAUAAUACAUCAACAGAAAUACUAUUAGAUGAUUCAACUAUUGAAGUACCAUUAGAUACUAGCAAUAAUGAAUCAAAUCAUCAAGAAACUCUAAAUACCACUGUAGUAUCCAAUGGGUUUGAAGAAGAAAUUAAUUUAAAAGAAAAUGAUGAACCUAUAACAACUACAUUAAAUGACAUUAAUACUGUACAAGAAGAAGUUAAAUCAAAAGAUACUAUUAAUGAAAAGAAUAAUGAAAAUGUUGAAAAUGGAUUUAUAAAAAUUUCUUUAUCUGAAACUACUAAAGUAGGAGAAGGAAUGAGUUCCUAUGUAGCAUAUCGUGUUGUUACACGUACAAAUAUGUCAAUGUUUAAAAAUACUAAUAUGGCUGUUUUAAGAAGAUUUAGUGACUUUCUUGGCUUACACAACAAACUGACUGAAAAGUAUUUAAGAAAUGGACGGCUUAUACCACCUGCACCUCAAAAAAAUAUGUUAGGUACUACUAGAAUAAAAAUAUCUGGCAAUCAAUCAGAUCAAGCUACUUCAGCUGAAUUUAUAGAAAAAAGACGUUUAGCUUUAGAGAGAUUUUUAAAAAGAAUUGCAUUACAUCCUGUCUUACGAAAUGAUAAAAGUUUUCGUGAUUUUUUAGAACAAGAUUGUGAACUUCCUAAAGCUACCAAUACAUCUGCUCUAAGCAGUGCAGGUGUAAUGAGACUUUUUAAUAAAGUCGGAGAAACUGUAAAUAAAAUAACUUACAAAAUGGAUGAAAAUGAACCUUGGUUUGAAGAGAAAGAGGUUCAGAUUGAUAAUUUAGACUCUCAGUUACGCAAUUUACAUGCAGCUGUUGAAUCAUUAGUUUUUAAUCGGAAAGAAUUAGCUAAUGCAAGUGGAUCAUUUGCUAAAUCUGCAGCAGUUUUAAGUAACUGUGAAGAACAUACAGGUCUUUCUCGUGCAUUAUCACAACUUGCUGAUGUAUUUGAAAAGGUUGAAUCUGUAAGAACUGAACAAGCUAAUACAGAUUUUUCAAUUUUUUGUGAGCUGUUAAAAGAUUAUAUUGGUUUGAUAGGAGCUGUUAAAGAUGUAUUUCAUGAAAGAGUUAAAGUAUAUCAAAACAUGCAGCAUGCUCAAAUGAUUUUAUCUAAAAAACGUGAACAAAAAAAUAAAUUAGAAAUUACAGGGCGUUUAGAUAAAGUUGGCAUAGUUGCAAAUGAAGUUACGGAAUGGGAAGCCAAAUUAUCAAGAUGCCAAGAUGAAUUUGAUCAAAUAUCUAAAACUAUAAAAAUUGAGUUUGAACAAUUUGAAAUCAAUAGAAUUAAAGAAUUCAAAACAGUAAUUUCAUCUUACCUUGAAGAAAUGAUAAAUCACCAAACUCAAAUAAUAAAGCAUUGGCAAGCUUUCAUUCCUGAAGCAAAAGCUAUAGCUUGAUCUGAUAUAUACCCAAUCUUCAUGGUUUUACCAAUUAUUUAAGAAACCUAUUCAAACUAAAAUUUUCAGAAAUUAAUUUAGAAUACUAUGUUGAAAUAUUAUUAUAUUGAAUUUAUACUGUUUAUUUAUUCCUGUUUUACUUUUACCCAAAAAUUUGUAUUAUCAUAUAGCUUUUGAAUUAACUAAAAUUUUUAUUUACUUUAAAACUAUCAAUUUUAUUUUUGGUUACAAUUAAAUAACUAUAUAAUGUGUUCUAUUUUUACCUGAAAUUAAAUUAAAUAUAUUCACUACUUUGUUAUCAUUUAAAUAUUUUACAAUUAUAUAGGUAUUAUUCACAUUCACAAAUAAGUUGAUGUUAUAUUUAUUAUGUUAAUAUUAUUAAAUUAUUAUAUGUCAAUUAAAUAAUUUUAUAUUAACUUUUUUAACCAAUAAAUAUAUUUAUUAUUA